GCUUCACACUUUUGAAAAAUCAUGACAUAGCGCUUGUUGGCGUGUUGACUUCUGGAGGUUUGAUAGUUUGACUUGAGUCGCCAAAUCUCCAAAUGAUUUAUGCCAUUAAUUCGGGUUUAUACUGUAAAUAGGGAAUCUAAAGGUUGCCUCUGAAGCAAGAUGCCGCCACGCAUUGAUGACGUAAUGAAACUGUGUUGCGAGCUAUCCGCAAAUCAACAAGUAAAAACCGCGGUAAAGCAGUCUGGAAAAGGAGCAGCGGCCGCUGGUGGUUUGGCUUUUGCAGGAGGCUUAAUAGGGGGUCCAUUGGGAAUUGCAGUGGGUGGGGCUGUUGGUGGACUGAUUGGAUGCUGGAUGACCAGUGGACAGUUUAAACCUCUACCUCAGGUUAUCAUGGAACUGACACCUGACCAGCAGCGCAGACUCUGUGAGGAUAUUGUAACCAUCCUAGGCUCAAUAACAUGGACUGAUGUUGCACAGCUGACUGCCCUUGUAAUGGGAAACGCCACACUACAGCAACAAGUGACCGCUGCUCUUCUGAGCUAUAUACAAAAGGAACUUCAAGCUGAAGUGCAUUAUGUAGACUGAUGUAAUGAGAAACAACAUUUCAAACCUUAUAAUCAUGUGUCAUACGGGUUGUUUGAUUGGAUGCUUGAGUACUGUAGUUGAAACUGGCGUACAGCAUAUUAGUACUGUAUAAAAAUGUUUUUAACUUUAUAUGGUACAUUUGAAUCUGUGAAAUCCUAUUUCCUCCACAGGAUAAAAAA